UUGAAAAUCGUUCGUUUGGUGCUGAUUCGCCCUUUCAGCGUCUCAGUAAUUUCACCCCUCAAUUAGAAGACCGGUAACCGCGGUGAAAAUCUGCUGAUCAAACAAUGGAAAGACCUUCAGUGCAUCAACAUAAAGGAUAGAAGAUAGAAAGCCAGAGAGCCUGGAGGGGAAACCAUGGUCAUCGCUGAUAGAAACACCGGCACCCCUGUGCCUAAAAAGGAGCCCCAGAAGAAAAGGAAGUCUCGCCCUCAUGGCCUGCCCUCUCCGGCACUCUGCUGUGCUUGUGGCCUAUGCAUCAUGCUGGCUGGACUCAACAUCACCCUGGUGGGAGCAUUUGCCUUCAGCACACUGAUGCCUUCUGCCAACCCCCCAAUCAUCAUCGGACCUAUCCUGCUGCUGGUGGCCUUUUCCUUUUUCGGAGCGUGUUGUGUGUGCAGUCGACUCCCGCCUCCACACAGCUCACGGAGGUCCAAGGCUGGGGGCAGAGGGGCUGGUUUGAUGGGACACGGCGGGCUGGCUGGCGGGGCAGCAUUUGAAAUAGAGACCAGCGAGCACACGCUGCAGGACACUACAGCUGUGCAGCUGAGCCCCACAUCCUCCCCUGCAUCAUCCCAGGCAUCCAGCUCAGAAAAGGAGGCUCCUGAUGCUGAUGCAGCCCUGCCGGGACCUUGCAAGCUCUUCACCAUGGAGACAAACGGCCCGUCUUGUGUUUCUGCCACCGCAGUCUACUCAGCCUCCGCAGCAGCAGGAGGGGAGGUGAAGCUCAACCUGCCACGUGAAGAAGUGGUCACCUAGCAGGGCAGAAACUCUUAGUCUAUGCUAGCAGUGUAAAUAUCCUUCUGGGCAGAGGGGCUGCUGGGUGUGAUUGUAUUCUCUAGUUUACGUACUGCCAUAUUUCUGGUUGUGAAAAGGUGUCAAAAGUUAUGCUUUUAUUUAGUCAUUUUUUUACUUUCUUGCUGUGCCAACUGCUAAAUAGCAUGCAAGUAUUUGUGGAUCAAAGGUUUUGGAAUUCAAAUUCCUACCUCUCUCGUGCCGUUUUCUUACAGGUCUUUGUUUUUAACGUGGGGCAUUAUGAACUGAUUUCAUGAAGAAGUCAAAGAGUCUGAAACCUUAAACACUCUUUUUCACUCUUGCUCUGAUUAAUGGAAACCUCAACUCUCAGCAGUGACUUUAGAGGGCUAACUAACAAAAGACUAAACAAAUGAUUAUUUAUUUCUUCUGAAAACUUUACACGUGAAAGGUCAGUAGCUAAACUGGACGGAAACGCAUUUAAUGACAUUUGGCAUUUUGUGUGCCAUGCUCAGUGCUCAGCUUGUUUUGGGGGCGUAAGCUAUUAUAGGUCAUACAUGUGCCAAAGCAAUAUUCCCUUGAAAUUCAAAGGGAUUGCACCACACAAUAGCCAAUUGCAAUGUAUACACGUGUAACUAUAUACAGUGUUGUUUGAAGUCAUUAUUUCUGUAGUUUGAUGUAACGAAUACCAUCAUCAAUGCUGUGAAUAUUAUGUUUCUCUCUUUUCAUCUGGCGGUUUAUGACAUGUUAAACUUUUAAUCGAAGGCGACCCCAUCAGUUUAAGGUCAUGUUGAUCAGAGCUUUACUCACACUAGUUCCUAAUGCAUGAUCCAAUCGGAGCAAGGAUUUCUUUCUCCUCUUACUCAGUGUGCAUUUCAUUACUUUUUUAGAGUGCUAUAAGAGCAUCUUUUCUAAAUGUGAACAAAGGAAUUUCACAGGAGAUGUUUUCCUCCUAUGGACCUAACAUUGACAGCACUGGAAAGCCAAGAAGUUUAGAUAUUCCAAUUAUAUAAAAUGCAUCUGUUCCCCGUCACUGUGAUGGCUUCGAGUCAGUUUAAAUCUGCCUAGAAGACGUUCAACCCCUGAUUUCCUUUGAAAGGAAAAGUUGCCUUAGACUGAGAUAUCAGGAUCAAACUAAUGAGGGCUAUAAAAAAAGUGCACAACAGCAGUUUUCUGCAGAAAGCCUUUGUUUGGCUCCAGAUUUCUAUUCAGCAUUGUUAAGAAAGACUCAGUGAUUUUGUGUUUUUUUGUGUUAUAAAUGCAUGCAGGAUGUUCUCAGAAGUCUGUAUGAGGUAGCAGUUGCAUACAUACAGACAACAGACACUGUUUGACAUUUUUUUUAAAAAAAAAGGCCAGUUGUUUUUCCUUUAGAGUUCGCCUCUGAUGCCAAAUUAGAGUGUCAAGCUUAAUUUUGCAUGUUCAGAAAAUAGGUUACGGUAAUGCAAACACCCUGAUGUGAAUGAUUAAUGUUGUCUGUGUGUUUUAAAUUGUGUAGCACUUAUAGAAAAUGUG